GUUCUUUAUAUGUCCAUUUAAAAUAUAUGCUAUCUAUUAACUCUAUCAUCAUACUUGUAACUUUUAAUGAUACUUCUCAACGUCGACUAGUUUGGAGAAAACGCCAUCUAGUGUCGAAGAGAUAAAAUAUCAUGAAAAGUUAAUUUCAAGUUUUUUGUAAUAUUUGCAUCUUUGAAGAAUAGAAGCUUAAAUCAUUUUUAGUAGUUAAUAGUGCAAUUUAUGCUCAUUAUGUAUUACUUAUCAACUCUAUGAUAAGAGAAAGUAGACAAGGAAUACAAAAAACAUUCGCAAAAUCAAUUUAUAUUUAUACUUAAAAUAAUAAUUCUUUUACAGAAAUCGCUCUCUGUCUCUCUCUUUCCCUCCCUGAAGUUUUAUUAUAAAGGAAACGAGAAGAAGAAAGAGAGGUGGAAACUGAGAGAGAACAAUUAAGAAAUAUCUAAUUUCUCCAUAAUAACAGAAACUAAAAUUUAUAAGAAAUGUGCAAUAAUUGAAACAUUAACUAAUGAUAGAAAAGACUGUUUUACAGAGUUUCUGCUUUUUAAUCAAAGGUUUUCUUCAAUAAAUCGAAAGAUAUGUGCUUCAUUCCUGAACACUUCAGGUCCAAAGUCUAUAAUGUAUUUAUAAAUAUCUUUCACUUCUUUGCGAUUGCUCUUCAAUUUAUUGUAUAUACUUCUUAGUUUCUUUUCGAAUCUUUUAUCGUUAAAAGUUGAAUAGUAAAUCUCUCUUUUAGUUUCGGUGGCUACCAUUAAUUGUAUUAAAAAUUUUAAUUCCCUAUCUCCUUUAAAAGCUCCACAGCCCCAAUUUCCGGUGGCUAAAGCAACGCUUUUUUCAUGUGGUUCAUGAAAACCAACAAAAGCUUUAUUCAAUUCCCGUUUUAGGUUUGCAUGUUUAUAUUGGUCACUAGGGUCUCUAAAGGGUAGAGCAUCAAUGGCGAUUGUUUGAGAAAAACGUUGUUUCAUAUCUUUGCAUAGUUGAUAUGUAUGUGUUUUAUCGUCCGAUUUUUCAUCAAAUUUGAAAGUUGACGCGUAUCCUGUAGUUUUAUUGAAAUUUUCAAAUCCGGUAAUAACUAAGCAAUCUGUACUUUCUAAUCUUUGGGUAAAUAGUCUUGAAACAAUCAAUUCAGGAUUCUGUAAAAACAUUAUCUCUUCUUGAACGAGUCCUCUGCCAAGAACACCUCCUCCUAUAUAUUUAUUCGCAAAAUCAACUACAGCAUAAUCUGAUUGAUGAAUUUCUUUGUGUGUAACAAAAAAUUUUUCUGAACCAAUUUUAGCAGAACUUGUUUCCCAAUUAGGAAUCAUAUCACUCGUAACAUGGCGUCUGUCAAAUGUUAUGUAAGUUUCCAUGCCACCUUCGUCCUUCCUAUCAAUAAUUCGAUCAAAAUAAUUGAAAAUACACCUCAAUUUUUCCAAUUUUCUUUGCAUGUCUGGUCCUUGAUCAUCACAAAAGAAAAGAUGAGAGAAAUUAAUAUUUGGACAGUUAUCCUGUUUUGACUGCUCAAAAGUACAACAGAAAGCAUUAGCUAACAAGCAUGCGAUGCUGUAUUGGCCAAGCGUAAUGCAUUUUUUUGUUCCACUCUUAAGAUAGGGAAUUUUAUAGUUUCUCAGCUCCAGAGCCAACCGAACAAUUUUACCAAGGGUUUCCCUCCUUUUUGAAUAUUGCUUCAAAAACUCUUUUAAAGCUUCAAAAUUCAAACUUGUACCGUUAAUGUCGUUAAAAUACUUUUUCACGGCCUUCUUAAAACUACAAAAAUCAUUAACAUUUUUUAAUUGAUUUGUAAUCUCGGUCCACCUUCGUGACUCAGUGGGCAUUUUUACAUAAUCAUCAUGCCUAUAAUUUUUAUCGGCUCCUGGCAUACAUAAAAUUUCAUUUUCACAACCAAAUUGAAUAGGAAUUCCUUCCUCUCCUAAUUUCCUUAAACUCUGCUCGUUAUUAUCGUAUUCAUCGCUACUACUAUCAUCUUCAUCCGUGUCAUCAUGACUAUCGAUUGGCUGGGUUUCUUCAUCAGAAUCGCUUAUACCAUGAUCCUCUCUUGUUAGAUAUGAAGAAGUUGCCAUUGUAAUUUGAUUGUCUUCACCGGAUCUUAUUUGUAUUUUCGUUUCUUCCGAUGGUAAAAUUCUGGGGCGUUUAUUUACGUGAUCUUUAAUCGAAGUUUGUUUGAAUAUCUUUCUCUUACUCAUAUCAUAUCGUCAUCAGACAAAGAUGCUAAUCAAAUCGAAUCUAAUAAAAUAGUUUACCUUUGGUUUCUGUGGAAAAACCAAAUACCGGAAAAGGAAAUAGGCCAGCUGGUCUAGCUACUUUCUAAGAAUAUUGGACGCUACUACAUAUUAGAUUAUUAAUAUAAAAGAGAAGAGCUAAAUGAAUUUGAGAUAAAUAAAAAUCUUUUACGGGAUAAAAACGUUAUCGAUAAAUUAAGCUUUUUCAUAAAUUUAUUCUAUUAAAGGCAAAAUGGAAUUUAAUGAAAGUAAAUUAGCAAAGUCUGUAGAAAUUAUUAAAGAUUUAGUAAAUAAUAAAUCUGAAGAUAAAAAGCAGUCUCUUUUGAAGGAUUCUUCAUCAAUUUUUGUUCAAAUUGUUUUUAAGAAGAUCCCCAACGUUAAGGAAAAUAGACAUAUAAAGAUUCCUCUGCCUCAUAGACUCAUAGAGGACAAUGCUGAAGUAUGCUUGAUUACUAAAGAUCUAGAUAAGACAAGCAGAGAAUAUGAAGAUACAGAGGAAAACUUCAGAGAACUGUUAAAAGAAAAGAAUAUAAGUGAGGAAAUCUCGGCAAUAGUUCCAUUGAAACAAAUUAAGUUAGAACAUCAGACGUACGAAGCAAAGCGUCAUUUAUCAACGCUCUAUGAUAUAUUUCUUGCAGACUCUCGUGUGUAUCGUCUAUUGCCAGCCAUAUUGGGCAAGGCUUUCUACGAUCGCCAUAAGUUUCCGAUCUCUUUCGACUUGGAAGCGAAAAAUUUAAAGAAAGAAUUGCAAAGAGCAUUAUCGUUCACUUUUUGCGAGCUACAUGGCAAAGGCCAGAAUGUCUCCAUUCCAGUCGGCAGCACAGAAAUGAAGAAUAUUCAUGUCGCUCAAAAUAUCAAUGCUAUAUUGAAAGUUAUGAGCAAAGAGACACCGGGAGGAUCUAAUAACUUUCGAAUGGUUAAUUUGAUAUCUAGCAAUUGUCCAUCCCUACCUCUUCACGUGGAUUACGGUAAUAAAGCUGAUGUUAUUUUGAGUGAAACUACGAAUGAAAAGAAAGUUGAAGAAGAUCUGGAGGAGAUAGAUACCCAACUUGAUAAGAAAGUUAAAGUUGGAACUUAUGGUGAUAUCGACGUUUAUGAUAUGGAAACCGGUAUGAUUCUGAGUACAACCAAGAAAUUAAAAAAGAACUUAAUGAAGAAGAAAGGUCUAAAGAGGCUCAAUAAAAAAAACAGGCCACUUUUAGAGAAAAAAGAUAAGGAAACUGGUAAAGAGAAGAAUGUUAAAAAAGGAGUAAAUAAAACCAAAAAAAAGAAAUUAGAUAAGAGUAACGCUGAGAAUGUUAAAACCAAUAAUGGGUUAAAUGAUCAAGUUAAGAAGAAAACUUUAAAGAAGACUAUGAAAGAUGUCAAAAAGAUAACAAAAGAGAAAAAUAUGAAGAAAAAGGAAAUUAGUAAAGUUACUAAGGCUAAAGUAGAGAAAAAGAAGUUAAAAUCUAAAAACAAUAAAUAA